AUGCUGUCGAAGCCCGCGCCCUCCCCGGCGCGCCCGCACGCGUGCUCGCCGAACCUGUGGGAGCUGCCGGCCGUCCUGGCCACGGAGGUCCGCAGGGCCCAGCGCGCCGCGUCGGAGCUCGCGGCGGCGGCGGCGCGGCGGCUGCCCGCCCCCGGCCAGGCGGCGGACAUCCAGGCCCCGGGCAUCCGCACCACCGUGGCCGAGCUGCGCGGACGCGGCGCCGCCGCCCCGAGGAGGGCGCCUGGCGUCCAGCUCUGCCCCGCGCAGCCCCGGUGCCAGGUGGCCGCCGCCCGGGGCAGCCUCGCGGCGGCCCGCAGGCCGUGCGGGGGCCCCGCGGGCGGCCGCGGCGGGGCCACGCGCGAGGGCCCGGAGGACCAGGAGCGGCGGCGCGCGCGGGCCACGGCGCUCAUGGAGGGCCUCGAGUCAUACGCGAUCCAGGCUCCCCUGCAGCUCGUCUCGCCCUGGGGCGCGCUGGGCGGCGUGGCCUGCGCCGCAGCGCCGCCGCCGCCGCCGCCGGGCUUCUGGAAAGCGCCGCCCCCGCGGCCGGGCCAGCCGCCCUUCGGGCCGGGCAUGCCCAACGCCCCUGGUCAGGACGACGAGGAGUUCAUGGGGCUGAUCUUCCCGGGCUUCAAAUCCGACGCCUUCAUCUGGCAGGUCACGUGUGCGCAGGCGCUCGAGUUCGUGGUGUCCAUGGCGCUUGGCCACGACAAGGCAAACCCCACGCCCUGCGUGCUCUACAACCUGGGGGCCUCGUGGGGGCCCGCGAUCGCGCGGGGCCAGAUCUGGCGGCUGGUGACCCCCGUGAUGCUCCAUGCGAACCUGACGCACCUGCUCUUCAACGUGUUUUUCCAGCUCCGCAUGGGCUUCGGCAUGGAGACGCAGUUUGGCCGCAACAAGAUGAUGCUGAUCUACUUUGCCUGCGGGGUGUUCGGAAACCUCCUGAGCGCCGCGGCGGACCCCUUCAAGCUGGCGGUGGGCGCGUCCACCGCCGGUUUCGGGCUGAUCGGCGUGUGGCUGGCGGAGAUCUUGUUGUCGUGGGAGAUCCUGGGCCCAGCUAGGGAGCGGACCAUCAUCUGGAUCGCCUUCAUGCUCAUCUCGGUGACCACCAUGUCCUCCAUGACGCCGAACAUGGACCUGGUCGGCCACCUCGGAGGCGCGCUCGGCGGCUUCCUCCUCUCCAUCGUCAUCAGCGACAUGAGCGAGGAGGACCGGCCCGAGUGGUACCCGCAGGCCCGGGCCGCGGCGGCGCUCGGCCUCUGCCUCUUCCUGGCGGGGGGCCUCGGCAAGGUGAUGAUCAUGAACCCGCACGACCCGAUCCCGAACUGCCCGCUGCUCCCCAGCCUCGCCUCGGCGGUGGCGCCGGCGCUGUACCGGUCAAGCAUCGGGAGGGGCGCUCUGGAGACGAGGGGCGGCACGGAGGGCGCCAGGCAGAGGGGAGAGGCGGAAAAGGAAGAGCCAGGGUCAGGACAUGAGGCACUCCGCCGCUCGCUGAGGGGCGGGGGGUUCUGCCGUGCCGGCGCCCGCGCCGCCCCCGUGGGCGCCUCGGUCAGGCGCUCCGUGCUCCGAGAACGGAGCGAGAGCUCCGAGGGCCUCGAUGCACCGAAGAAGAACGAACGGCACUUGAUUGUCAGAGACCGCGCAGGGCUCUUGGAUCUGCGCCGGGUGCCCUUCCCUGGGGCGGCGGCGACGCCCGCGCAGGACGACAUCGGCCGCCUGUUCGACUUCGCGGCCGCCCGCGGCCUGGCGGCGGAGUGGAACUUCGUCAGCGAGCGGGGCGUCGAGGGCACCUGCGCGCUGGAGGAGCUGCAGUGGCCGGCGGAGGUCUUCAGCGCCGGCCCCACGGCGCUGGUCACGCAUCCGAUCUGUGCCGAGCACGGGGCCCUCCCCCUCGACGUGGAGGACCUGGUGUACCGCCAGCGCAUCAUCACCAGGACGCCGGAGAACCCGAGCCGGCUGGAGGUGCUGUGCGGGGAGCGCGGCGUCCUGCGCGGCGAGGCCUUCAGGGAGCUGCGCUGGGUCGGCGAGGCGGCGGCGGCCCCGCUUGUGGACGUCCUCCGCGUGCACGACGACGACGAGGGCUCCCAGGGGUUCUGCCUGCUCAACAAUGUUGCCGUGGGAGCGGCCUACGCCAGGUGCGUCUACCGCCACAUGGCCCCCCGGGUGGCCAUCGUCGACAUCGACGUGCACCACGGCAACGGCACCGAGGCCAUCGUGCGCCACGUGAGGUGCCGGCAGCGCCCGGCGACGUCCUCCCACGUGACGGUGGGCGGCUUCGCCGCCCGCGUGGAGGUCGAGCUACCCCCGAGCUGCAAGCCCUGGCUCGAGCCCGAGGGCGACGCGGAGAGGACGCGUCUUUGA